AUGCCUCUCUUCUCCCGCCACGCCGAGCCCGAGCCCGCCCCAGCUCCCGUCCACCACGAACCUGCCCCCAAGCGACACUCCCUCUUCGGCGGUUCUCGACACAACCGCUCCCCCUCCCCUGGCUCACCAACCUACUCCAACUCCUCCGCCUCAACGAUGGACCGGCACCGGUCCACAAGCCGGGACUCCUCCGGCCACAAGCCCAGCCUUCUCUCCCGCACCUUCGGCAACGGCGUCUCCUCCAGCCACCAAGUCGACCCCUCCAUCAUGCAAGCUCGCGAGCGCGUGAUGAUGGCCGAGUCUGCCGAGCGGGAUGCGGAUCGUGCGCUGAUGGCUGCGCGGGAAAGUGUCAGGCAGGCGAGAGAACAUGUUCGGGCUUUGGAGCUGGAGGCGCAGGAGGAGGCGAGGCGGGCCAAGAUCAAGCAGUAUCAUGCUAAGGAGGUUUCAAAGAGGGGGAAGCAACUGGGUCGUCACGGCCUUUAG